AUGAAAAAGAAUAUUAUACUGUCAAUUAUUGUCAGACGCGUUUAUAGAACUAGUGAAGGAGGCGGUCACAGGAUGAGGAACGCGGAUACAGAAAAAACUGAAAAAAAGUCAUAAAUCAUAAAUGCAAGUAGUUUUUUACAAGUCAAUUAUUUGAAGUUUCAACACCUUCGACGUAGUUGCCUCCUUAUUUAGAAGAUGCUUUCUAUACAUUUCCCACAAUUUCUCCAUUUCUAAACAGUGUCAUUAGUCUUCUUUAGUAAAUAUGUAUUGCAAGCAAAUCCAAAGCAGCUCUUCAUCUCAAACUAUAUGGAAAUAUGACGUGUUUCUAAGUUUUAGAGGUGAAGACACUAGAAACAACUUCACUGAUCAUCUUUUUGGCGCUCUUUAUGAAAAAGGCUUUGUUAUAUUCAAGGAUGACAUAAAGCUCACAAAAGGAGGAGAUAUAUUCACUGAGCUUCUACAAGCAAUUGAAGAAUCCCAAAUUUUGAUUGUGGUCUUCUCAAAAAAUUAUGCUUCUUCCAAAUGGUGCUUGCAAGAACUUGCAAAGAUUGCUGAUUGCAUUAACGUACAAGGACAAAAAGUUCUGCCUAUUUUCUAUGAUGUGAAUCCAUCUGAUGUGAGAAGACAAAGUGGAAAUUAUGAAAAAGCCUUCGCGAAGCAUGAAGAAAGAUUCAAAGAUCAUAUAGAGAUGAUUCAAACAUGGAGGGAAGCUCUAUCACAAGUAGCUAGUCUCUCUGGUUGGGAUAUCAGCAAUAAGGAUGCUUACAAAUCCUUUGAUAUUGAUAGCAUUUGCACUAUUGUGGAGAAAUUUUAUCCUAUGGAUUUUAGUGAGCAGGAGAAGAUUAAUUUGAGAUUUCAACUUCAACAUUUCAUCACUGAUGCUCGUCAAGAAUCAAAUUUGAAGAACUUGUCAACUAUUCAAGAAUUGUGUUCAUGUUUGGCAGCAACAAAAAAAUCAGAAGUUUAUUACUUGUUUGAUAGAUUGUUUCGUCUUAUCAUGACUCUUCCAGUUUCUACAGCUACAUCUGAAAGGUCUUUUUCAGCAAUGAAAAUCAUCAAGACUAGGUUGAGAAACAAGAUGGAAGCUGAUUAUCUAGCCGACAGCAUGAUAGUUCACAUUGAAAGGGAUAUUGCAACAAGUUUUAGCUCCGAUUCACUUAUUGAUGAUUUCAAGUCACUAAAAGAGCGCAGAGCGGCACUAUAAUUGAAGGAGAUAUAUAUUAUAAGGUCGCAUGCUUCAACGAAUAUGUCUAAGCCUUAUAAGGAAAAAGAAGUUUACGCAAGAUAUGACCGCAUCGUCCAGUAAACAAGGAAGACACUUGUUCUGUAUCGUUUUAUGCCACGUCAUACCUCAGAAUUUCAGAAGAAGCCUUUGAGCGGGAAAGUCAAAAUUGUAUCUCAACUAUUUGCCCCAUGCUUUAGUCAGAAGGAAACUAAUCUGGUCACGUGCAAACUGAUUUACCUUUGAAGAGAGAAGUCUCGAUGACCAAUGAAGAGGAAAAAGGACAACACGUCAACAUCACUUUUCCAAAAUGUCUCUCUUCUGCAAAGUAGCCCAAAGCUAUCACCACCUACUAGCUGACAAAGUACACCUUUUUGGCUAAAGGAUAGUUUUGAACAGCUGCAUGCAUUUAAUGAAGCUACCAACCGGAGAUCUGAAUCAAUGGUUAGAUGACACUCACAACGGCUACAAACAACGGCCAGAUUUUGUGUCUCAACGGCUACACAACUAGCAAGAUCAUAUAUAAAGGACAUAUCUGAAGAUUGAAGAAGACAAGAAGAGAAAAAUUUAUUGCAAGAAAAGAAAGAACUCAGAGCAGUUAUUCAAAACAUUCUUCAAAGCAUUAAAAGCUCACAGCAGAUUUCCUAAGAGUCAAAUCUGAUCUCAUACCUCUGCUAAAUCAAGAGAGAAUACCAAACCUUAAAAGAGUCAAACCUCUUCUCUUACUUCUCUCUUAGAUUCUGAACUCCUGUGUGUUCCAACGUCCUUUCAGAACCCAAAACACUUGAGAGUUCUAGUGCCAUAAAUUGUCUACACCAACUCUUUUGAGAAGAGAUUUCUUGUAGAGCCAAACAAUCUUGUUGAUUGUAGGAGGAGUCCUGUACAAUACUUGGAGAAGUCCGUGAUAAUACUAGGAGGAGUCCUGUACAAUACUUGGAGAAGUCCGUGAUAAUACUUGGAGAAGUCCUGUCUAAUACUUGUAUUGGAGAAGUCCUUGAUACUUGCUAGUGAAAAUCUUGGUGGUUGCCAAGUACUGGACGUAGCCCAAUCGUUUAGGGUGAACCAGUAUAAAUUCCUGUGUGCUGAUCGUUCUGCUUUAUUUACUUACUUCCGCUGCACUAAACAGUUUUUGAAAAGUCACCAGAACAAUUUUCUUAAGAACUUAUCUCCUUUUCAUAAACUAAAGUUUUAACAAGUAAUUUUUAAGAACACAAUUCAAACCCCCCUUUCUUGUGUUACUUAUUUACAUAUCAAUUGGCAUCAGAGCUUAGGCUCUAGAACUAACAUCUUAACAGGUGUAGAGUAAAGAUCCA